GAUUAUUACAAUAGAUAUGAAGGGAAGAGCUCUGAUCCAGCUCUUCAUGAAGAUCCAUGUGCAGUAAUUGCAGCCGAACCUUUGCAAUCUUCAGGAAGUGGGACAGAGCAGACCGUUCAUAGUAAUCCAUGUACACAAGAAAGUGCAAACCGUGUUAGCACAGCCCGCUUCAGAGAUACUCGAGAGCAAAUUGAUUCCAGUGGUCAGCACCUGAAUAUGCCAGCAGCAUUUCUAUUGGCUUCCAAAGAAUCCGACAAAGAUCAUGUCUCAAAGUGUGACUGUCAUAUGGGUGAUCAAAGUGACUUUUCCAGAUCUUCUCAGACAUUUGAAAGUACUAAUGGGAACACAUCUUACAAUGCUGGCACUGGCAACACACACCGAGAAAAUGAAGACUGUAACAAACCUGGAAACACAACUAAUUCUGGCUCUCAUUCUGGUAGCAAGACAAUAUAUACUACAAGUGUACUGAAGUCAGUGCUGAGCGUCAAUGGGUCUGUUAUUUUCAAUGUAACUGUCAAAGUAAAUCAUGCUGCUGAGCCAGAUAGAAGGGGAGAUAAAAAUUUUAGUGCAACCUACUCCAUGGAAGAAGACAGCACAGACAGCUCUGAAGGAAAGGAAGGGUUUCCUGUCGAAGAUGAGAAUGCACAGAGUGAGUGUGACUUAAACACAAACUUAGGAUUUCCUGUGCAAGAACAACAUUGUAAAGAACCAGUGAAUGUCCCCAUGCAAGAGGGGCAAGCCAGCAGAGAAAGAUGGAAAGAAAGUCCAAGAUUUACCAGCAAAACGAUAAAACAAGUAAACUCAAGGGAAUGUGAAGAAAAUGCAAUCAUUCCUGUGCAGGAAGAGGGAAAAUCUGAACAUUUAUCAAAUGAAGAGCAGAGCAAAUGAACAGUGGCUUUAAGGCUUCCUUGAAAUUAUGAAUUAUGAAUGUACUUUGGAAGUAUGGUUAGAAACAACAAUUGACAGUGAUACAAAUAAUAUGUGGUAGGUGCGAUCAGCAUAUUGAUUCUUAGCUGGGCUGUG